ACGAGCACAAGCAGGCCGGUGGCAUUUUCUGAAUGGGUCAAGCUCCAUCAUCGAAAAGUUUGACCGCAUCUCCUGUCUCCAAACCUAGUCCUACCGUACCGCCUUCUUCAUCCAAAGCUCCUGCAUCAGUUGCUUCCCGUUCCAUCGGCACUGCUCGUCCACCCUUGGCACCCGGACCACCCUCUUCCGUAGGCAAAGCUCCCAAUGUUUCUCGUUCUUCUACCAUUACUGCUCGUCCAGCCUCUGUUCGUGGAGCUCCCGCUCCGCCCAUAAAACAACCAGCACUACCCUUGGAAAGAGAAAGGAACUUGAAGCGGAAGAAAGGAUUUGACUAUCUCCUAGUCACCAUCGAAUUCCAAAAAGGAAAGAAAUUCGGUCUCGGAAUGGUCCAUACUGAAAAUCGCGUGCUUGUGAAUAAAGUUGAUGAUGGUUCAAUGUGUAGUGACUCAAUGAAGUAUUUGGAUAGAAUCUGCGAUGUAGAAGGAAUACCAGUGACAGAUAAAGAGUUGUGUAAAAAGCAAAUUGUUAAAGCUUUGAAGAAAGAUCAAAAAGUUUCUUUAGCGGUAGAACGGCCAAUAACCAAAGACAGAAUAAGCCAAGUACAGGACUUACUGAAAAGGCUAGAGACUCAACCGCCAUCUGUUGUUUUGGAAAUGGAUGUUAGGGAUAUAAUAGCUAGAUACAAUCAAAGAUUACAGAGAGGGGAAAUUGGUAAAGAGCAAAGCGCUAUGAAGAAAAAAGAUCACGCAGCAGCGAAAGUUUCUUUAGAUCCAGGCAUACCGACGAUACCAAUUGGGAUGGAUAACUCGCAUUUACAGGAGGAUUUGGAGAAAGUUCCCGUGAAGACCUAUGAAACUUCGCUGGCACGUCUCCAAAACCAAGAUGAUGCUCAAAAAAGUGCAGCGUCAAUCACUACGAUGUUGAACCAACAAGAGCAGAUGCCACAAUCGCCAGUUCUCCAAACAAGUCCCAUUCCGCCACCAGAAAUUCCAGCCAUGCCGGCAAUGUCUAUAGAAACCCAGAACCCGGCACCUCAAGCUCUUGUACCGGUUUCUUUUCCCGAACAAAAAUUGAAUGCGGUCGUAGCACCGUCAAAUCCUCCGGCGCCAGAACCGCCGGGAAAUGACUACUCGCCCUGCUUUUCUCAUGACAAUGUCAUUAUGGAAUUGAAGGAGUUUGAACACAUCAAUGGUUCAACUGGAGACUUACAUGAUGCAUCCACAGAACUUGACAAUAUACAAGAGGAAGAGCAGCCAAGUGUACGACUUCAGUACGGCUUAUCUCCUUUUACCAGGCGGUUCAAGUUACUUUUCAAGCGCUUGGUAAGACGAUUCGUAGGGUAG